UCGGUUAUGUAUUCUUAUUCUUAUUACAUGUGUAUGCUCUCUGUUGCUUCAUACAUACUCUUGUCUCUGUAUUCCACUAGAGAACCACAAAGUUUCUGCAUCAAUUGACUAACCAUUUUGCACAACCAAAACUCACCUAUCUGGUGUUUGUCUUCUUGCCCAGCUCAGAAUAUGUCUUGCUAGUUGCUUCCCAUUUGGUCUCUUCACAUUUUUGUCCUUGUUGGGUUGGUAAUCUUCUUAUUUCUUAUAUAUUUCACAGAGAGGACUCGAGAUUUGAGGUGGGUUUUUUUGGGUUUUCUUUAAUUGGGUCAUGGAUGUCUCUUGUGAUCUUGAAGUGGAUGUUAAUGGGGAAGAGAUUUUCUUCGUGGACAAGAAAAUUAUUUCUUUAUAUUCAAGCAGAAUAAGCAAAUUAUUUGGGAAAUCGACGCAUGGGAGGAAAAAACUGAAGUUGAUAUUCCAUGAUUUUCCUGGAGGGGCAGAGAGUUUCGAGCUCAUGACAAGGUUCUGCUACAACAAUGGCAAAAUCGAGAUAAAUCCCUUUAACCUUGUUCGUUUGCACUGCAUUGCACAUUUCAUGGAAAUGAACAAACCCGUCCCUGGAACGCUUAAUUUACUUGAGCAAACUGAGAAAUCAAUUGAAGAAAUCAAGUACUGGACAUGGUCUGAGCUAUUGGUAGCUUUGAAGCAGUGUCAAAAUCUUCUUCCUGGUGUGAAUUUUUCUGGCAUGCUUCAGAAGUGCCUGGAUUCUCUUGUUGGAAGGCUUGAAUUGGCCAGUGAAACUAGUCCAUGUCCAUCUACUUCUUCAUCAGAUAGCUCCGAGUUUCAGUUUUCAUGCGACGCUAGAAGCACCAAGAGCUUGCAAAAUAGCUGCUUCCGAACAACAUGGUGGUUCGAAGAUCUUGUGGCACUGUGGCCUGAUCUGGUUGAAAUGGUGGUAAAAUCAUUGGUAUCCCGAAAAUUCAACCAUGUUAUUAUUAGUAGAUUCCUGUUUUAUUAUCUAAAGUCGAGACUAAUUACUGCCACAUCAGAUGAGAAGUGCAAAAUCACAGAGGCAGUAAUUGUUAUGCUCUAUUCUCUAGAUUGGACUGCUAUUUCUUGCAAGAGUUUAUUUGGGAUUCUUCGAGCUGCUCUGAGUUUAAACAUAAGCAAAUGCAGCAGGAAAAAAUUAGAGAGUAUGAUUGGUUCAAUGAUGGAUCAAGCAACACUUGACGAUCUGCUUCUUCCAUCUCCCGUAGGGAUGAAUCAUUUAUAUGAUGUAAAUCUAGUUCUUAGGUUUUUAAAAUCAUUUCUUUCCGGAGGGAUAUGUCGUGUGAUGUUGAUUCAAUUGAAGAAAGUUGCUAGCUUGAUGGACUUGUAUUUAGCUGAAGUAGCUCCAGAUCCUUGUCUUAAAUCAUCAACGUUCUUGGCUCUACUCAGGGCUCUGCCAGAUUCUGCCAGAGACUCUUAUGAUGGAUUCUAUCGUGCCAUGGACAUGUACCUAGAGGUCCAUGCUGGAUUAUCUGAUGAUGAAAAGAUAAAUAUCUGUUGUGGAUUGAAGUACGAAAAACUCUCAUCAGAAGCUGGCAACCAUCUUGCUCAGAACACAAAAUUCCCAUCACAAUGUGCUAUCCGAGCUCUCACCUCUCAGCAAUGCAAGCUCAAAAGCUUGUUCCGUGACACCAACCAACCAAAACCCUUAAUUGAUUCACCAUGUAGCUUUGUGGAACCGGAUCAAAAGGGGAAGAAAGGCGAAGCCUCUAAACAAAUUGUUCUUUAUGCCGGCAAGCUUAAUCCUUCGGCUGAGAAUGAGAAGCUCAGAGCACGUCUACAAGGUAUGCAAUCGAGGGUGUUGGAAUUGGAGAAAGCUUGUAAAAAGAUGGAAUCCCAAAUGACAAAGAUCAUGAAAUCGAGAUUAUCAAGUCACAGAUAUUCGAGAUCCUUACCUAGGCUUUGUUCAUGAUGUAUAAUUUUCAUAAAUUUAUUUUGUCUUAAAUCUUUUUCCUACAAAGGUAAUGUAUAUAGCAUGAGAAAUGAUCUUUUUGUGGUAGUAACAGUUUUUUUUUUUUUUUCCCUU